AUGAGUCCUCCUCUUCCUCGACAUCCUCUUUCUCAUCCUCCUCAGUCGACUUCAUUGACAUCUACCAUGUUCAUUAUUCCCCCUCUGUUUAGUAAUUCGGCUCAGUAUUAUUCUAUGCCUACCAAAGAAAGUCAAAGUAACAUUGUUUUUAACUUUAUACCCACACCUUCUAUACCAUCUUCUUUAUCGGGCUUUCAUGGCAGUCAACAUGGUGGCUCACCAGCUGCUGCACCCCUAAACUUUCAUGGUAGUCAACAUAGUGGCUCACUAGCUGCUGCACCACCGAGCUUUCAUGGUAGUCCGCAUGGUGGCUCACCAGCUGCUGCACCCCCGAGCUUUCAUGGUAGUCAGCAUGGUGGCUCACCAAUUGCUGCAUCCCCCAGCUUUCAUGGUAUUCAGCAUGAUGGUUCGUCUUUUGUUGAUCCAUCAUCUUCCACUCCAUCAUCAUUAUCCACUUUCAGCAUAUCUAGGUUGGAUAUUGGAGGCUCUCGCCCAGUUGCAUCUAGUGGUACUUCUAGACCUUCUAGUAGAUGCAGGCAGAAUCUUGGAGGGGAUGUACAAUAUGAUAGUUAUAAUCGGUUGAUAAUCGUCCCCUACGAGGAUGGAUCUGAAAAUUUUGUGGGGAGUCCAAAUGGGUCGCAGUUUGUCGGUACCAAUUAUUCCGGCGAGGCAAUGUCGGGUGGCGGUUCAGAAGCUAAAUCCCAGCUUACCCAAACUCAAACCAGUAAUACUAGCUCAGAUAAUGAAGGAAUUCAGAAAUUUCAGAAUCAAAAUCGAGCAAGAGAACAGGAGGAUGAGGAGGAGGAGGAGGAGGAGGAACAUCGGCUGACGGAGAUUGCAGAACACGCGCUUGGUUAA